CUCCGAUUUGCAAAAAUUCGUGCUUUCUGCUAAAGAGUGGGAAAUUUUAGAAGAAGCGUCAAAAUUUUUAGAAUAUUUUAAUGUUUUGUUGAUUAAGUUGAGUGGGGAAAAGUACAUAACCCUGCCUUCAGUAAUUAUAGGAUUUAAUUUACUGCUAGAUAAACUUGAAGCUGCGAAAAAUAUCCUGAUUUUGAAAGAUGGCAGAACGCAUGUAGAAGAAAUUCUGUUAGAUGCUCUAGAAGCAGCUAUUGAAAAACUUUUAAAACAUUAUAGAAAAUUUCAUUGGGUAUAUUGCGUUGUUCUCAUUUUAGACCCUCGACAUAAAAUUGAAACAUUUCAAUUGACAGAAUGGGGUAAAGAAAUGGCUAAAAACUCGAUCAAAAUAUUUGAACAGAUUUAUAAAUCGCAAUAUUACCAAACAAAGGUAACUCUUGAGCGAGAAGAAGAAGUUUCAAAAGUUCAUAAAUCUAAUUUAGAAACUGAAGACAAAUUUGAUAUGGACAUUCUGUUCUUGUCAGAUUCUGAAUCAGAGGAUGUUUUUUCUAUUCCAAAAAAUUCGAAAUCUCCUGAAUGGAAAUGGGAAAUUGAUUAUUAUUGUUCUCAAAAACGAGCUGGAAAAAAUACCGACAUCCUCGAAUGGUGGAAAAAACAUGCAACAAUCUUACCAAACCUUGCAAGAAUGUCUCGAGACUUUUUAUGUACAAGUGCGACAUCAGUUCCAUCGGAAAGACUAUUUUCACGCAGUUCUCUUGUCAUCAGAAAGCACAGGAACCGUUUAUCAAAUAAUUCUAUUACCCAGUUAAUGUGUCUUAAUUCGUGGAAUAAUUGUUCUCUUACUUUGAAAAUUGAUUCAUUGAUUGAAAAGAGUUAAACGAAAAUGUUUCGAGCAAUGUUCUGGCUCCUA